AUGCCAGCCUCUAGCCAUUUUACGAAGGCACCCCUGUCACACACUGUCUCCAGAGCCAUCUGCAUAGAGGAUGAAGAAUUAUCUGAUCCACUUAUUACAAGCUUUGAUGCCAACUCUCUGACACAGUUUCAAUCACAGGAGCUCUUUAAUGAUGACAACAUAUUUACAACUGGCAGCAGUUCUUCUGGCCUUGGGUCACCCAUCCUCACCACCACGGGCGCAGCUCCUGAAAAAAGCUCCAAGGAAACAAAGCAAUUGUUUAAAGGAAAAGGAUCUGAGGGCAGAGACUUUCCCAUGGCUUUUCCACUGAUGACCGAGGAGCAGUUCAAUGACCUGGAGACAGUGCUUAAGGAAGAGGCAAUGCGACGGAAGCUGGUGGCCCGUUUGACAUUAGUCGGAGGGGUGGAUUCUGGCUGCAUGAUUCGGCGCAUGGCGUCAGCCGUCCUCUCAAACCAAUUGGCCUGCCUCUUUAACUGGAAGGGAAAAGGAGGUAAAAGGGCCUUCGGAGAGCACCUCCUUACUGGACUGCAUGUUUGGUGA